AAUCAAAUGCAAAAAUUGAAAAAAAAAUCAUACACAUAAUAUGCACGAUGUAGUGAACAGAAGGUGGCGUAUUCCGCAAACCGAUACUACUUUGGUUUUGCCGAUUUUUACAGUUCUUGAUGUUCGUAAAAAACGCCUCAAAAACUAUAAAUGCACUGAAAUCCACUAUACUUUCACUAAAAUCACAGUUUUUUUACAUUUCCUUUAUUAAUUUUUAUUACAAAUCAUAUAUUUUCACAAUUUAAAGCAAUUAAAACACGUAAACACAUUUCCUAUCGAAAAAUGGAAUAUUAAGAUAACUGAUUAAUCUCACAUUCUCUUUUAUCCUCCUAUUCGGCUUCGCUACUUUUUACUCACAAAUGUCAUCGCCGUCGGGAAUGCGCAAUCUUGUAUUCUACCAUUCUUGCAGAAUAUGUAGUAACAAUAUUUUAUUUAUCUAAAUAAAAAAAAAAAUAACGGAAACAAAUGAAGAAUAUUUUCCUACAUAAGUCACUCAAAUUAAUUCAAUAAAGCAGCUCAUAAAAUAGGACUUUCAGCGGUCCACCAUUUUGUGAUUUUACCUAACCUUAAAGUUGCACAUUUUGACUCAAUUCAUCAGUUUCAUCUUCUAUUACCGUUUUUUAAAAAACGUCGUGCUCUUCCUGGCGCCGUCCGAAAUCAUCACCAAGGAUUUCAUAUAUUUUCUGCACACCUUCACCGUCGAUCGUUUUCUGCGCGCACUCAUCAUCUACUUCGAGUACUAUCUGAAAAUGGUGGAGUUUGUACUGAUACGACGGGAUGAGAUUACCGGCGACAAGGCGCAAAUACAAAGCGAAGACACCAACGAAAUCAAGCGCAUAUACUCGGAAUAUCUCACUCAGCAUCGCCUGCUGCUGGCACGUGAAUAUAGCACCAUAAUAAUGGGCGAGGGCGAGAUGAAGCGCUUCUACCACAUCACGCCAAUCGUUAACAUCUCGCAGUCUAUAAAAGAUAAGCGCUUUUACGAAACUUUCUUGGCAUUCUCAACGCAAGUGGUGUGGAUUGCCAUGCAUCGUCGCGCCUAUGACUACAUCGAUUUGGAAAUGUAUCGGCUCUUUCGCUCGGAGCACUUCAAACUGAAGCGAUAUGCGCACAUUAACUUCACCCAAGCCGAGGCCAACAUGCUCUACGGCAAGAACUAUAAGCGUCGCAAUUAUCGCACACAAAACUCGCCACUGAUACAGGAAUUGGCAAAUGUGGCAACGGAAAAUUUGCCUAUAUUGUGGAUUGGUGAACGCAAGUAUCGCGGCACUGAUCUGCGCGUUCACCAGAUGGAGCUGGAGUACAUUGUGCCCGAUAGCCAGCUGAUCUUGAUCGACACAUGUCACGGCAUACUCGGGCAUCCGAAGAAAAUCUACGACACCAUUUUGAACAUGAACUGGGAAGCGGUGCGUUUUCAAAACUACUCGGAAACCUAUGAUCCAUAUCAAAUAAAGCGCCAGCCCGCACUGAAGGUACCCAGCAUCGAUGCGGAAAAAAUGCGCAAGUACGCGCAGGAAUUCGACACUUACUACCAUGUGCGCAUGCAGUAUGAGCGCGUGAGCAAGGCGGUGAUAGAUAAGUGGUGUCGACGAGAUGAGGUCAUUGAGUACUUCUCCGCCGAGGACAUGAUAACCAAUAUUGUAACAAAAUGCGAGCGGGAACUGCAACGCGAUUCGUAUGGCCCUAGUGUGCAAGAGAUAACGGACAAGUUUUUGGAACGCAAGAAAUUACUGCGAAAGCAAUAAUAGAAGGUGGAAGCACAGAGAAAAAAACAUAAAAGAGAGGAAGGGAUGACAAAGCAGUAGACAAGGGCAUGCUGUUUCUGGAUACAUUUUCAAAAAUGCAGAUAUGAUAAAGAUAGAGUUUAGUAGGUAUUUUUUCAUGGAACAGCUUAUACAAAUUUGAGGAAUAUAUUUUUUUAAAAACCUUGUUGGAAAAUUAGAAAAAAAUUUGCAUCAAAAAUCGAAAAUAAAUGCGACCGGAUACUGGCUCUUAAGGGUCAUAAGUUUUAUUUAAGAAAAUUUUUUUCAUUUCUAUUUUUCUGGUACA